UGAGCUCAGUUGGCAAUUGUCACCGAGCGGACAGCACACACAAUAGAUCGCGAUCAUGUGGUGGAGGCGGCAGCUAGCAUCAGUCAAAUCGCUGGGACGCUGUUUCAGCGCAGCGGCGAGCGGGGAACAAACCCGGCUGGGCAUCAUCGGUGUGCCCUUUGCCAAGGGGCAGGGCAAACAGGGCGUGGAACUGGCGCCCGAUCUGCUGCGAGACAGCAACCUGCGUCAGGUGCUGCAGAACAGCGACGAGCGCCUGCUCAUCACCGAUUAUGGGAAUUUGCACUACGCCGUCGCCGAGACGCUGCUGCAGCAGCAGCGCCAGCAUUAUUACCACAUCCGCAACUAUGCGGACUUUAUGGCCUGCAAUUUGGCGUUGAUCGAGCAGGUGCAGGUGAUGCUGCAGCAGAACGCACAGUUUUUGACAAUUGGCGGCGAUCAUGCCAUCGGCUUCGGUUCCGUGGCGGGUCACUUGCAGCACACGCCGAAUCUCUCGCUGGUCUGGAUCGAUGCGCAUGCGGAUAUCAAUUUGCACAACACCUCGCAGUCGGGCAACAUACAUGGCAUGCCCGUUUCAUUCCUGCUGCGAGAGCUGCGCAACACCUGGCAGCACGCGGCCCUCGACAAAGUGGCGCCCAAUUGUUUGUCGAAGGAUCAAUUGGUCUACAUUGGCCUGAGGGACAUUGACCCCUACGAGGCGUUCAUAUUGAAUAAAUUUGGAAUACGCUACUAUGCCAUGGAUGUAAGUAGAACGGAUGGAUACACACGCAUACAGAGUUUCGGGCCUGCUUUACGUGGCCGUUGUAAAACAUUUUAAAAUUCCGGUUUGUCG